UUGUAAUACUUUCUGGAAAUGAUAAGCUGCGCUACCCGGUCUUCAUCUCUCUGGUCUCCAGUGUGAGUUUCAUGUGAACUCGUACAUGCAUGUGGUGUGAAUAUGUGCACUCACUGGUGUUGAACCAGGAGGUUCAUUGCAGAGAAAAAGAAGAAGUGGAAUUCUAGGCAAUGGAGAUAAAUAGACUGACACUCACCUCAUACGCCAGCAGGGAGGAGACAUGCCCAGAAGAAGCCUCCCUGCUCAAUCGUGCACUGGCAAAGGGAGGCACAAGCGGAAGAAAAAGAAGUAAUGAGGGGGCAGAAGAAGAAGUGGAGCUCUCGCCGAUAUCCCUUGGAAGGAGAAGAGGUGAUGAGGAGGGAGAAGAAGUGGAACUGUCGCCAACGACAAUGAAUAGUCUCUUCUCGCCGAUAUCCCUUGGAAGGAGAAGAGGUGACGAGGAGGGAGAAGAAGACUUGGUAGACGUUGAAAUUUUCCUUGAUGCUCGGCGGGUGAUUGAGGCUCUACAACGACGGGACUGUUCUGAGGCACUUGCAUGGUGCGCAGAAAACAAGUCGAAGUUGAAAAAAACAAAGAGCAAGCUAGAGUUUAAGCUGCGGGUGCAAGAGUUCAUUGAGCUGGUACGGGCGGAGAGGAUGAUGGAAGCGAUAGUUUAUGCAAGAAAGCACUUGGCGCCUUGGGGAUCAACAAACAUGAAAGAGUUGCAGCAAGCGAUGGCUACUCUUGCUUUCAAGAGUGGUACGGACUGCUCCGGUUACAAGGCAUUGUUUGAUGAAAACCAGUGGAGUAACCUGAUUGAGCAGUUCAAGCAGGAGCACUUUCAUCUGUAUGGAAUGACAGUGCAAUCUUUGCUGAACAUUCACCUACAGGCUGGGCUGUCAGCAUUGAAGACACCCUUUUGUUACGAGGAUGGCUGCAACAAAGAAGAUCCUCUUUCGCAAGAGACCUUCAGAAAACUCGCUGAAGGUUUGCCGUUUGCGAAACACAUACAUUCGAAGCUGGUGUGCGCGGUCACGAAGGAGCUGAUGAAUGAGGACAACCCACCUUUGGUACUGCCAAAUGGCUAUGUAUAUAGCAAGAAGACGAAGAUGCUGUGCAGCAGACGCCGGAUGCAGUGGCUGUUUCCUGUUUUGGCAGUUCCUGCCCUCCCAGGGAGCGAGGGAACACAUUCCGGAGUCCAGACUCUUAUUACAUUACUCCUCUCCUCCACUCGCUCUGUCUAUUGGUGUCCAAUCUCCUCUCUCCAUGCGCAGGUGGUGCUUCCGCCUAAGCUCAGGAUGACUCACAUUGUAUCCAGAGGAAGAGAAAAUGCCAUGCAGCAGGUGAGAAGAGACAGGAGUGUGGAGGUCGUUGGUUGUGCGGGUUUAGCCCCCUGGAGGGGUGCUGGCUCCAGCAGUCGCUGCCUCUUGUGGAAAAAGAGGGGUGGUUGACUGGCAAGAGACCGGGAUGCGGCUCUUCGCUUUCCAGCAUUCCUGCCGGACAUGGUCUGUCAGUAUCAGAAACUAAUGUGUGUGUGUGGGGGUGAAAGUAGGUGGUGGUGUGGUGGCAGCGAUUGCCCUGUGAAGGGUUGCGGGUGCAAUCUGUUACUGUGGGUGUGGGGUAAAUAAUAUUGACCGGUAGUUGCCAGGAGAGAGCUUGCAUGCUGGAAUAUGUUUACACGAAUGAAGGACGGGGAGAGGGGGGCAUUUCUGCACAACGGUGGGGUAGGGCAUAUCUGUGUGUGGUGCCCAGCGAGGGCGAGCGGUCAUGGAAGAGCGACCUUGUUCAGCUUCCAAGUGUCAUGCUUGCAACGGUUCAAAAUCAGCAUUGCGGU